AUGAUUUCUAACCGCUUCAAGCUUAGGGAUACCGAGCCGGAGCCGGUCCAAUUGCCUGUGGUGUUGACUUAUGCCGGGAGCGACUCUUCUGGCGGGGCUGGCGUCGAAGCAGACCUCAAGACAUUCAGUGCGUUUGGAGUUUAUGGAAUCACCUGUAUAACAGCAUUGACGGCACAGAACACUACCGGGGUCAGGCAGAUUGCCAAAACGCCGCAAAAGAUGGUUUCGGAGAUCUUGCAAGCCAACUUGGAGGACUUUUACGGGUACAAAGAUGCCCCUUUGAAAGCGAUCAAAACGGGGAUGUUGACCGAGGAAGCAAUCUAUGAGCUUGCCAAAUUGGACCUUGAUGUUAAAAUGGUCGUCGACCCGGUCAUGGUGAGCACAUCCGGAAGCACGCUAUUUGACGUCGAGGGCGUGGGGAUUUGCGUCAAGAAGCUCAUGAGCAAAGCGUUUUUGGUGACCCCGAAUUUCGAAGAGGCAAAGACAUUGUUUAAGCUAAAAGGAGAGGAUUUUCAGGUGACCAACUUGAAAGAGUUUACCAACUUUACCAUUGCGUUGCAGCAGGUUUUGAAAUGCAAGAACUUGUUGGUCAAGGGAGGCCAUAUACCGUUUGAUGAGAACAACAAUGUGUCUGCAUCGGGCACCAAGAUUAUCGACCUUUUGUAUGAAGGAGAGUCAGAAACCAUUACCGUGUUUGAGUCCACCUACAUCCCCUCCGAGAAUUCCCACGGCACGGGAUGCACCUUGUCGUCUGCCAUUGCCGCGAAUCUUGCCAAGGAGAAACCAUUGGUUGACAGCGUUGCUGUGUCCAUUGACUUUAUCCACAAGGGAAUGCGCCGGAUGUCAAAAUUGGGCCAUGGCAAUGGACCGCUUAACCAUUUAGUAAAGCCAGCGGCGUCCAUUGAGGAUGUGAUUGAAAGCGUGCCCCAGAUAGUGCAUUUUAGUGACAAUCACACCAUCUUGGAUUUCAUGAAACAGCAUGCGGACGUAAAGGGGAACUGGCUGAGGUAUACCGAGCACCCGUUCGUUAGGUCGGUUGCACACAACGAAUUGCCGUUUGACAAGUUCAUCUACUACUUGACGCAGGACUACCACUACUUGAUCAUCUAUGCUCGCAUCCAUGCGUUAGCUGCGUCAAAAGCCCCCACCUACCAACAAGCACACGCUCAAGCUACAAUCAUUGGAGAGAUUGUGAUGGAGAUUGAGAAGCACAAGGAAAAGAUGAAAGUUUACGACGUGGACUACGAUCGCGAUAUCGACAAGUUGACCCCAGGAAAGGCCUGCCGGGCGUAUUGCGAUUACUUGAUGGAUAUCGGGAGCAAGGAGGACUUCUUGGGCAUCAAAGUUGCAUUGGCGCCCUGUUUGCAUGGAUACGCAGAAGCCGGUGCUCAUGGACAAAAGUUGCGACUUUCCAACUCGAGGGACUUUGAGCACCUGGACAUUUACCAGCAAUGGCUCGACGAUUACACUUCUGACUGGUACUCCAAUGCCGACAAAGAGGGAAGAUCUGCUCUUCAUGCAUUGACAGCCGAAGGCGUCGAUGCAAAGAGGCUAGAGUCCUUGGUGAAGAUCUUCAACGAUGUGACCCAAUUGGAAAUUGAUUUCUGGAACGAAGUAUUAGACUUGUAG